UUGUGUAUACUUUACUGUUAGCAUGAUGUAUAUGACUCGUAAUUUGACAGUGUACGUUAUAUAAUUGCAAUACGUAAGUAUAAAAUAUAAGAUUCACUUAGUUAAUUCUCAUCUGCAGUGAUUGAAUUAAUUCAUCUUUGUAUGUUACUCAAACUUAGAAUUCUGUUGAACUCAAAUUCUAGUGGUCAGUAUUCAACUAUUGUAUUAAUGGAAGGACACAUUAACCGUGCAUAAGGCAUCUAGAAGAUUGUCUAUGUUCUCCUACAUAACAAGAAUGAAUGGACAAGGUUUGGAAGAAAGCUCUGACAUCUAUAGAUCGUUUGGCUUUUUUGGUGGUUACAGACAUGCUCCCUUCACAAAGGAAUACAGCUCUAUCAAUUGAAGACAUCAUCAGACAAGUUUCGCCAAUAUAAAUAUCUACCGCAAGCGAAUGAUUGGUUUCCUCAAGCUGCGUUUGAAUAUUACAACACAGAGAUGUAUGCAAAGAGUUGCAAUCGACUCCAACUGCCAGGAAGUUAUAUGGAAUAGAUCAUUGCCACUCUAGGAGUAAUUCUAGAGUACAGCUAAAGUAUGGUACCUCAAUAACACCCCAAUCAUCAUCAUCUCUUGGCACCAUUCGUCAAAUGAACAUCCGUGGGGUAUGAUGGA